AUGCUAAUACUUCAUUUAGCCUUAUAAAUAUUUUCUGUAAACGCUGGUCAUUAAUUUGAGUCAGGAUUCUUCACUCAGUUCAAUUAUGCAUACAAUCUGUCUUUAAUUUUAUUUACUUCUUCAAUGAAAUUUAGGUCAGAAGAAUUUUUUGUUCCAUUUGCAUAAGAAUUCUCCUCAAUACCAGAUGUGUACUUAAAUAUCGCUUUGAUGGAUAUGGCGCUAUAGUUUCCUCAAGGAUAUUCAUUAGAUAUAACAAGCAUCACCACACUUGGUAAUAUGAAAAACUUAGAUUUAGGUUUCACAAUGAAGACAGUUUGUGAGAGUCCUUGGUUAUAUUUUGGAAUCAAUUUAAAUUGGUUUGCAUUUAAUGAUGACAGUGUUUAAGUUAUAAACCAUUUAAAUAUCACUAAUCCACUUUGGUAAUAUACUCAUUCAUAUAUUAAAAAUUUGAAGAUAAAUGUGGCCAUAGCUAAUUUUGUUAGUUAUUAUGCUGAAGGACCUUAAUUUAAUAAUUUAACGGGCUUAUCAUUAACAGAUGAUACUGUGACGAUAAGUCUCUACACCAAUCUUAAAUAAUUUGGUUAUUAAAUAUUAUUGGCCUCCUCUGAUCUUAUUUUAGUCGGACCAACAAUCACAAGUACCCUACCUUAUGGUUCAAGCCAAACUGUGAAUUUUCCAUCAGGAUGGGAAACAACAAUGUGUCAUCCGAAUCUUCUUGGGUUUUAUCAUGAUGGAACUGAUUUUAACAUAAGGUUAUCUGGAAGAGUUUCAUAUACCUCCUAAAUAGAUCUUGGAUUUUACCCAUGGCAUGCAACAAUAAUUUUAUCAAUUUAAUACAAUUAUUUUUGUAUUAAUUAUGCAUAUUUUGAUCUCGCAAUAUUUUAAGGCAUGACACAAACUAAUUAUUUUGAUACAAAAAAUGAAAUAGAGAAUCAUGUAGAAAUUUAAGAAAUGAACUAUAAUUAAAGUCAAGAUGUAGAAGAAGAAAUUAAAAUCCCUGAAGGCAUCUAAUCUAUAAAAAUUAAUUAUUAUUGGAAAUGCUAAGAAAAUUAAUAAUUGAAGAUGCAAAUAUUUUGUAUUCGAGACAUUCAAUAAUAGUACACUUCUUCUAAUAUCUAAUGUAAAGUAGGGAAAACUAAUACUGUAAGGCUAUCAGCAAAGUAUUUGUUAACUACAAAUUCUUAAUAAUAUCUUAAAAUUACCAAAACUUCAGCUUCAUUUACAGCAACCUAAAUAAUCAAAUCUUCUGGCCUAUUCUAAAAACUUCUCUACAAAGUUGAAUUGAUACAAUGA